AUUCCCCCCCUUGCCUCUCUUCUUCGUCUCUUUUCCCCGGGAGUCGAACCUUCCACGGGCGCCACGACGAGCCGCUGUAGCCUUGUACACGAUCUGGUGAAUCAAUGAUCGAGUGUUUCUCUCUCUUGCCUCCGACGAGAAGCGACGCUGCGCCCGCGGGAGCUGCUGCAAACACCGAUUGUGCACAGUCGCUGCCUGUUCCCUCACCAUGGCAACAGAAGACAAGAAACCAGAGACUGAUACCAAACCCCCGGUCGUGCCGUCAGCGUCCGCCAGUCAAAGCAAGUCUGCACCCGCCAAGCCAAACUACAGCCUGAAAUUCACAUUAGCCGGACACACUAAAGCUGUCUCCUCGGUCAAAUUCAGUCCCAGCGGAGAGUGGCUCGCCAGCUCCUCGGCUGAUAAACUCAUCAAAAUCUGGGGGGCUUACGACGGCAAGUUUGAGAAAACCAUAUCUGGACACAAACUGGGAAUAUCUGAUGUGGCCUGGUCCUCUGACUCCAACCUCCUGGUGUCUGCGUCAGACGACAAAACCCUGAAGAUCUGGGACGUCAGCUCGGGAAAAUGCCUUAAAACUCUAAAAGGUCACAGCAACUACGUCUUCUGCUGCAACUUCAACCCGCAGUCCAACCUUAUCGUGUCAGGAUCGUUUGAUGAGAGUGUCAGGAUAUGGGACGUGAAGACUGGGAAGUGUUUGAAAACAUUGCCGGCUCAUUCUGAUCCUGUCUCUGCUGUUCACUUCAACAGAGACGGCUCCCUGAUCGUGUCCAGUAGCUACGACGGCCUCUGCCGAAUCUGGGACACAGCGUCAGGCCAGUGUUUAAAGACGCUCAUAGAUGACGACAACCCUCCUGUGUCAUUUGUGAAGUUUUCUCCCAACGGGAAAUACAUCCUGGCUGCUACACUGGACAACACGCUGAAGCUGUGGGACUACAGCAAAGGAAAGUGUUUGAAAACGUACACGGGCCAUAAAAACGAGAAGUACUGCAUAUUUGCAAAUUUCUCCGUCACAGGUGGAAAGUGGAUCGUGUCGGGCUCGGAGGACAACAUGGUUUAUAUCUGGAACCUGCAGACGAAGGAGAUCGUGCAGAAGCUCCAGGGCCACACAGACGUCGUCAUCUCGACCGCCUGCCACCCGACAGAGAACAUCAUCGCGUCUGCGGCUUUAGAAAACGACAAAACCAUCAAGCUAUGGAAAAGCGACUGCUAAGCCCUCUUGGAUCUUUUUGGGAUCCCCUCGUUCACUCAAGUCUCUUUCUGUCUCCCCCGCCCCCUUCCCCCUUCCCCACAUUUUGAUGUAAAAGGACUUUUUAUUCUAACGGAGAGCUCCUGCUGGAUGCAGCAGGUAAUGAAAUUCAGCACGGCGAGCCAAGCGGUGAGACAGUGGACACGUACGAGAUAUUUCACACACGCCAGAUUUUCGUUCUCGUGAGGGAAACCGGUCGACUUUUGUUCAACUUCACAUCAACGCUCUUGUUCUUCAGUAUUUUUUUUUUGCAAACCCUGCAUUAACCUUGAUGUUCUCGAUUCAUACAAACUCCCACAUUCGCUGACAUUUCUGCUGUUGUACAAUAAAUGUAACGGUCAUUUGGACUUUUAGUAUCAUUUAUUUUGCCUUUUUUUAUUUUAUAUUUGUCUAAGUUUGUAGAAUCUAAAUGACUUAAAGUGAAGAGGUGACGGACAGGGAGCUUUAAGUACAAAAAAGGCACCUAAGGCCCUUUUGUCUGUUAUUACAAAUCCUUUAUUCCCCUUUAUAUCAAAAGUCACCUCAAUUUAGCUUUAGUGAGAUUGUAUUUCAACAGUUUCUCUAAGUUCUGUUUUGAUUAUUCAGGCAACAACCAGAUCUUUUACUUUGAAACUCGAAAGAACACAAAACAAAAAAUGCCUCAAGAAACAAUGAAGUCACUUAAAACAUCUUAAUAUUUAAUUUAUCGGUCCCUUAAGUGAGAUCCUUCCUCUUCAAACUCACAAAUUCCCCAAGUUUUUUAAGUUUACCACAGUGACCAAGUGCAGUUCUGUUGUGUUGUAGGAUUUGUAUAUAUUACACGUGUAUUGUGAUUUCUUUUAGCUGCCUUUGUUUUAUUUCUUUAUAAGUUCUGCUCCUCGUUUAGCUCGUAGUUCUGCACAUGAAGCCGCCGGCCUGUUCUUCACUUACCUGGAUCCUUUGUGGAAUAAGUUUUUACAUCUAACAGCAACAACCUUCAACUUAAUAAAAACAGUUUUUGUAUGUUUCAUGUCACUGA